AUGGUCAAGCCACUCUCCUUCAAGGGUGACAAGAAAGUAAAGAAGCGCAAGAGAGUCGCCGACGCCGACGAUGCAGAGCCGUCUUCGAAAGUGCUGACUACGGCGACGCCUGCAGAGCCCGAGAGCGAUGAUCCUUGGGUGAGCGCAGACGCGCCCAGCGACAUCACCGGGCCCAUCGUCGUCGUCCUCCCUACCGACAAGGCCUCCUGCCUAGCAUGCGACGCGGUCGGCAAGGUGUUUGCAAGCAAACUAGAGAACAUGGUCGACGGCGACGCAACAACAGCCGAGCCUCAUGAUGUGCGACAAGUCUUCGUAGCCAAUCGAGUUGCUGGCACAGAAGACUUCAACCUGAAGGGACAUCAUGGAAGAUACCUCAGCUGCGACAAGUACGGCAUUCUCAGCGCGAACGCGACCGCCAUCUCACCCGAAGAGCGCUUCCUCAUCAUCGCCAUGCCAGACAACCCUGGCGCUUUCUCUCUGCAGACGCAGCGCGAGAAGUACCUGAGCAUCGACGAGUCCUCGACAGGCGGCCCCGAGGUGCGCGGAGACGCAGAGCAUGUUACCUUCAACACCACAUUCCGCAUCCGCAUGCAGGCCCGCUUCAAGCCUCGCAACAAAGCCUCCAAGGAGGAGAGAGACCAUCAGAAGAUCAGCAAGAAAGAGUUGGAAGACAUCAUCGGGCGCAAGCUCAACGACGACGAGGUCAAGAAGCUGCGCAAAGCACGGCGCGAAAACGGCUUCCACGAAGCAGCCAUGGAUAUGCGUUCCAAAUCGUCACACGACAAGUACGCUUGA